AUGAGGGAGGUGAAGAAAGAGCUGAGGUGAGUAUGCACGUGUGUGUUGUACCGCUGAAAACAGUUGUACUCUGUUUCGUACUCCAAAUACUGGCAAAAAUGAACUCAUUCAGUGAAUGAUUGACAUCCUCAGGAGCCCUGGCUUGUGUGUGUGUGUGUGUGGUGUGUGUGUGUGUCACCUGCCUCUGAGGUCCUCUAACAACAUUAGAAGGGAAGCAUGUCCUCUUGUCUUCGAUAUAUAACUCAAUACUGUGUGUUUAUUAACGUGGUUCUGUGUGUGUGUGUUAAUGGAUCUUUUAUUUGUAGAAACUCCUGCAGAUAAUCAACCAGAAGGGUAUACUGCCAAACCGCAUCAAUGAGUUAGCCAGAUAACUUGCCAAAAUAUUCUGAAAUAACUUUUUAUUUUUUAGAAAGAUACUCUUGAAAUGGGCAUGGUCUAACUUUAUAAAAAAAAAAUGCCUAGAGUCGAUGUCUGCGCCCCAGUGGAAAUUAUUAGCAUAAUAAAAAAAAUCCGCAUAAAAAUCUGUUUAAGCUAGAGAUUUUUUUGCCUGGGCUGCGUCUCAAUCCACCGCAUCCGCCAAUGUCUGCCAUCCGCGGUGAAUGGUAGCAGAGCUACAGCGUGUUUGUUACAUCUAUGGAAAGGUGAGACUCUCACAAACACGUACAUGUCGGUUGUCACACAAGACUCGGUAGCCGGUACCAGUAUAAGAAAUGUAUGGAAGUCGUUCAGUGCCUAAAAAAAAGGUUUAAAUAUUUCAAAUAAAAAUAAUUUCCUGAUCCAUCUUAUAUCGCUCAGUGGCGAGUGGCGCAGUGGUCUAAGGCACUGCAUCGCAGUGCUAGCUGUGCCACUAGAGAUCCUGGUUCGAAUCCAGGCUCUGUCGUAGCCGGCCGCGACUGGGAGACCCAUGGGGCGGCGCACAAUUGGCCCAGCGUCGUCCAGGAUAGGGGAGGGAAUGGCCGGCAGGGAUGUAGCUCAGUUGGGGGGCCAGUAUGAAAAAAAUAUAAAAAUAAUGUAUGCACUCACUAACUGUAAGUCGCUCUGGAUAAGAGCGUCUGCUAAAUGACUAAAAAUGUAAAAUAUAGGACAGACACUUCAAAACAAACCUUCUUUUGAUACAAUAAAAUUUACUCAGUUUUUCAAAAUAUGAAUCUGUUAUUCAAUGUGUUUAUACGGGCUAAUAGCAGUAAGGCCAAAUUAUUAUAUAUAUAUUUUUUAAAUAAAUUGGUUACCUAAAGGGGUCCUAAAAUUAAAAAUCAAAUAGCUAAAUGAUCCUUGGUAUGACCAUCUUAAAACAAUUCCAUACGUUAGCUUAGUAGAACCCCCUCCUCUAGGAUCAUGCAUGUUUGAAUGGAACUGGCAGCUGGAAGGCUGCUGGUUACGUUAGCUUAGUAGAACCCCCUCCUCUAGGAUCAUGCAUGUUUGAAUGGAACCGGCAGCUGGAAGGCUGCUGGUUACGUUAGCUUAGUAGAACCCCCUCCUCUAGGAUCAAGCAUGUUUGAAUGGAACCGGCAGCUGGAAGGCUGCUGGUUACGUUAGCUUAGUAGAACCCCCUCCUCUAGGAUCAUGCAUGUUUGAAUGGAAACUGGCAGCUGGAAGGCUGCUGGUUACGUUAGCUUUAGUAGAACCCCCUCCUCUAGGAUCAUGCAUGUUUGAAUGGAACUGGCAGCUGGAAGGCUGCUGGUUACGUUAGCUUAGUAGAACCCCCUCCUCUAGGAUCAUGCAUGUUUGAAUGGAACUGGCAGCUGGAAGGCUGCUGGUUACGUUAGCUUAGUAGAACCCCCUCCUCUAGGAUCAUGCAUGUUUGAAUGGAACCGGCAGCUGGAAGGCUGCUGGUUACGUUAGCUUAGUAGAACCCCCCUCCUCUAGGAUCAUGCAUGUUUGAAUGGAACCGGCAGCUGGAAGGCUGCUGGUUACGUUAGCUUAGUAGAACCGCCUCCUCUAGGAUCAUGCAUGUUUGAAUGGAACCGGCAGCUGGAAGGCUGCUGGUUACGUUAGCUUAGUAGAACCGCCUCCUCUAGGAUCAUGCAUGUUUGAAUGGAACCGGCAGCUGGAAGGCUACUGGUUACGUUAGCUUAGUAGAACCCCCUCCUCUAGGAUCAUGCAUGUUUGAAUGGAACUGGCAGCUGGAAGGCUGCUGGUUACGUUAGCUUAGUAGAACCCCCUCCUCUAGGAUCAUGCAUGUUUGAAUGGAACCGGCAGCUGGAAGGCUGCUGGUUACGUUAGCUUAGUAGAACCCCCUCCUCUAGGAUCAUGCAUGUUUGAAUGGAACCGGCAGCUGGAAGGCUGCUGGUUACGUUAGCUUAGUAGAACCCCCUCCUCUAGGAUCAUGCAUGUUUGAAUGGAACCGGCAGCUGGAAGGCUGCUGGUUACGUUAGCUUAGUAGAACCCCCUCCUCUAGGAUCAUGCAUGUUUGAAUGGAACCGGCUACUGGUCUCUGAUCCAAUGUACCAUGUCGUGCCGUUGGGCCUUUGAGCAAGGCACUUAACCCCCCCGCAAUUGCUCUCCAUCCAGGGGCGCUGCACUGCUGCUGACCCUGUGCGUCUCAAUGUGUGUGUGUGUGUGUGUGUGUGUGUAUCUGGGGUUUUGGUUUUUGUUCUAACCAAUGGACAAUAAAGUUGUAUUCUAUUCUAUUAAAGGGGUAUUUUAGCCUAAAUCAAUUUUCACAUGUAUUUCUGGUCAAUCCACCAUGCAAACGGUCUAGAAAUAUCAUCAUUUAUCAUACGGUUGCGUCAUAGGUGUCGAAACACCCCGUCUGUCAAAAAGUCUCAUAGACUUUUCACUUUCCACCCUGCUCGUCUAGGCCAGUGAUUCCCAGAAAGCAGCAUGACUUCACCUCUCGCGCUGUUCAACCGACAGUGGACGUGUAAUUCAAAUGAUCUCUCCGUUAGUAAAUCCAUUAGCUGCUCCUCUCUGUCUGUCACUCGCUCCCUGCUCGCUCUGCAUGCACUCUGCUAAUAGUUGCUCUGGGUGUGUCUUGAGUAUCCAUAGCAAUCUCGCCUUGUCUCUCAAGUCGUUCACAGCUUUGUGGAAGUUACCUGUGACGCUGAUGUUUAGGCCGAGGUAGGUAUAGUUUUUUAGUGUGCUCUAGGGCAACAGUGUUUAGAUGGAAUUUGUAUUUGUGGUCCUGGCAACUGGACCUUUUUUGGAACACCGCUAUUUUUGUUUUACUGGGAUUUACUGUCAGGGCCCAGGUCUGACAGAAUCUGUGCAGAAGAUCUAGGUGCUGAUGUAGGUCCUCCUUGGUUGGGGACAGAAGCACCAGAUCAUCAGCAAACAGUAGACAUUUGACUUCAGAUUCGAAUAGGGUGAGGCCGGGUGCUGCAGACUGUUCUAGUGCCCUCGCCAAUUCGUUUAUAUAUAUGUUGAAGACGGUGGGGCUUAAACUGCAUCCCUGUCUCACCCCACGGCCCUGUGGAAAGAAAUGUGUGUGUUUUUUGCCAAUUUUAACCGCACACUUGUUGUUUGUGUACAUGGAUUUUAUAAUGUUGUAUGUUUUUCCCCCAACCCCACUUUCCAUCAAUUUGUAUAGCAGACCCUCAUGCCAAAUUGAGUCAAAAGCUUUUUUUGAAUCAACAAAGCAUGAGAAGACUUUGCCUUUGUUUUGUUUUGUUUGUUUGUGAAUUAGGGUGUGCAGGGUGAAUACGUGGUCUGUCGUACGGUAAUUUGGUAAAAAGCCAAUUUGACAUUUGCUCAGUACAUUGUUUUCACUGAGGAAAUGUACGAUUCUGCUGUUAAUGAUAAUGCAGAGGAUUUUCCCAAGGUUGCUGUUGACGCAUAUCCCACGGUAGUUAUUGGGGUCAAAUUUGUCUCCACUUUUGUGGAUUGGGGUGAUAAGUCUCUCUCUCUCUCUUUCUCUCUCCACAGCAUCCUCAAGUCUAUGGAGUUUGGCCCAGCUGACACCUCAGUGCAGGUACAGGGAAAACACCUCCUAUACUUCUGCAUAGCGACAGACAGACAGACUUCUGCAAAUACUGCUGAUGUGUAUUACUGUUCUCCUUUAUCUCACCACCCCCUCUCUCUGUCUCUCUCUCUCUCUGUAUCUCUUUCUGUAUAUAUCUCUAUAACCUCCUCUCUCUCUCUCUCUCUCUCUCUCUCUCUGUCUCUCUCUCUCUCUCUGUAUCUCUCUCUAUAACCUCCCCCUCUCUCUCUCUUUGUUUCUCUCUCGGUCUCUUUCUGUAUCUCUCUCUAUAACCUCCCCUCUCUGUCUCUCUUUCUGUCUCUCUCUCUAUAACCUCCCCCACUCUCUCUCUCUCUCUCUCUCUCUCCCUCUCUCUCUCUCUCUCUCUCUCUCUGUAUCUCUCUGUCUCUCUUUCUGUCUCUCUCUCUCUCUUUCUGUAUCCCACCCCCCUCCUCUCUCAGGACAUGUCUAAACCCCUGGAAGUGUUGUUGUUGGAGAAGAACCAUAGUCUGCAGUCUGAGAGUUCCUUUCUGCGCAUCGCCAACACAGAGCUGAGUGGUGAGUCAGUCUGCCCUGGGGGUUAGGGCCUGGGGGUUACAGCCUGGGACCUAAGGUGGUUACCAACACACACAGCAUUGAGUCUAGACCAGUGCUAGACUUGGACUUAAAUGAGUACCGGUGCUAAUUUUGGAUUCUUGUACUAUUUGUAUUAAGGUGCUGGAACUCUGCAAUAAUUUAAAACAAAUAUUCUAUAAGAGGUGCCAGAACUCGAGCAAUAGAAAAUGUGAGGUGCCGGGACUCAGUUUCCUUUGAGCUAGACCCAAGUCAAGCACUGGUCUAGAAGUACUCCAGAAAGUUCUGUACAGGCAACACAGAGAAAUAGUCACGUAGUGAACAUUUUAAAAUUGCAUUUUUACAGAGCAGUACUAUGAUAUGGGGGGUUGCUAGGUUGCACUGGGGGGUGGGGAUGUGUGAGUCUUUGAUCUUUGACCUGGAGUUCGAUUGGACUGGCUCGGGACAGGACCAGAAUCAGGUGGGUAGUGGAUGGAACCGGUUCUUGUCUAGAAGACUAUUCUUUUAAGUGUCAUUAAAACACUUAGCUAACACUCAAACUGACAUUCUCUGAGACAAUGAUUUAUUCUGUCUGAAUGCUCUUAAUAUAGUAUCACUAGAAAAACAACAGCAAGAAACCAACCCGUCAUACGAUGUGGAUUGAAUAAAGACUGGAGCUCAUAAAAUGUAUACGUUUCAUAGACAUUCCCACGUGUUUCAGUGUGUGAGGGGGAUGGAGUGAGUGACUGAAAAUUAGGGUUCAGUGCCUCUCCCUCAGCACUAGCUGUGUUUCAAAUGUCAUCGGUGUUAUCUGAAGGCCUGGGACCCCCCCCCCCCCCCCCCCCAAAAAAAAAAAAAUUCAUUUAAAAAAAUAAACUAUACACUGGAUUAUCAAGUAUUAAGGGUUACAACUGCCCAACCAAUGGUUUGGUCAUGGUUUUUUUAUUGAAAUAUUUGCUCCUCUAUUCAGAUUAGGUCCAUAUUUUUGCUGCUUCAAGUGUCAGGGUUAAAUAUACUGGAGGGUUCAUAUUAAAAUGUGUGCGGUGGGUAUGAUUAUUCCAUGUUCAGGGUUGACAGAAUUCAGGUAGAGGGGAUGUUCACUGAUGAUCUUUUCAUGUUAAAGUUAGCUGCACAACAUCUUGCAUACCAGAGAUUAGAAAACAUCAGCUUUUGUGAUAAUUGGAGGUUCCUGUACAAUCUACCUGGCAACAUGCUCAGUUUAUAAUGAGAGGUUCCUGUACAAUCUACCUGGCAACAUGCUCCGUUUUAGGAAGCCAGAGUGCUUGACUGUCAACAGUGCUGUGCAGUCUCUACAUUUGGCAUAACAUUUUCUCCAAGUUAUUGCAUUCAAUGACUUUGGCCAUUUUUAUCAAGACAGUUUUUUUUUUGGGACACAAGCAAUUUUUCUUCAGUAUCUCGAAAGAUAAAAAUGUCUAAUGCCGUAACUGGAAUGGAAUGACUAAGUAACCCAGAAAGACUGCAACAUCAAAUGUGUUAAUAACAUGACAACAUCAACGUGUUAAUUACAUGACUUUUUUCUGGAGCUAAAGACUGAACCAAGGAUUCAUAAAAAGGCAAUCUAGUUCCUCCUGACAAUGGGCCAUCACAACCAGAUCCUUCACCCUUACAGACAACCAAUCAAAGUACUCUAUACUGCCAUUAGGCCCAAUCAGAUCCACUGUUAUACUGUAGCGGUGCAGCCACUCCAACAAUGGGCCCUGAACAUAGUGAACACAAGUAACCUAGUGAAGAGAGACAGUGGGAGGCCUGACUGAACCCCUCCCUGCCUGCCAGACUCAGGCCUGCUGACUGGACCCCUCCCUGCCUGCCAGACUCAGGCCUGCUGACUGGACCCCUCCCUGCCUGCCAGACUCAGGCCUGCUGACUGGACCCCUCCCUGCCUGCCAGACUCAGGCCUGCUGACUGGACCCCUCCCUGCCUGCCAGACUCAGGCCUGCUGACUGGACCCCUCCCUGCCUGCCAGACUCAGGCCUGCUGACUGGACCCCUCCCUGCCUGCCAGACUCAGGCCUGCUGACUGGACCCCUCCCUGCCUGCCAGACUCAGGCCUGCUGACUGGACCCCUCCCUGCCUGCCAGACUCAGGCCUGCUGACUGGACCCCUCCCUGCCUGCCAGACUCAGGCCUGCUGACUGGACCCCUCCCUGCCUGCCAGACUCAGGCAAGCUGACUGGACCCCUCCCUGCCUGCCAGACUCAGGCAAGCUGACUGGACCCCUCCCUCCCUGCCUGCCAGACUCAGGCAAGCUGACUGGACCCCUCCCUCCCUGCCUGCCAGACUCAGGCAAGCUGACUGGUCCCCUCCCUCCCUGCCUGCCAGACUCAGGCAAGCUGACUGGUCCCCUCCCUCCCUGCCUGCCAGACUCAGGCAAGCUGACUGGACCCCUCCCUGCCUGCCAGACUCAGGCAAGCUGACUGGUCCCCUCCCUCCCUGCCUGCCAGACUCAGGCCUGCUGACUGGACCCCUCACUGCCUGCCAGACUCAGGCAAGCUGACUGGACCCCUCCCUGCCUGCCAGACUCAGGCAAGCUGACUGGACCCCUCACGGCCUGCCAGACUCAGGCAAGCUGACUGGUCCCCUCCCUCCCUGCCUGCCAGACUCAGGCAAGCUGACUGGUCCCCUCCCUCCCUGCCUGCCAGACUCAGGCAAGCUGACUGGUCCCCUCCCUCCCUGCCAGACUCAGGCAAGCUGACUGGACCCCUCCCUGCCUGCCAGACUCAGGCAAGCUGACUGGUCCCCUCCCUCCCUGCCUGCCAGACUCAGGCCUGCUGACUGGACCCCUCCCUGCCUGCCAGACUCAGGCCUGCUGACUGGACCCCUCCCUGCCUGCCAGACUCAGGCCUGCUGACUGGACCCCUCCCUGCCUGCCAGACUCAGGCCUGCUGACUGGACCCCUCCCUGCCUGCCAGACUCAGGCCUGCUGACUGGACCCCCCACUCCCUGCCUGCCAGACUCAGGCAAGCUGACUGGACCCCUCCCUCCCUGCCUGCCUGACUCAGACUGGGCAGCAACCAUUUUGUCUGGUUUAAGUGCUUCCUUUUUUUAUUCCAAGCUGUCGCUUACAAGAAAGGUACAAAUCACAAAUGCUUGGGCAUCUUGUCUGGGGGGUUUAUCAAAAAACAGAGAAAGAAAAUCGAUUUAUAAAAAAUAAAAUAACACUUUUUACCUUAAAAAUAAACAACAUAUUUUUUUUUGGACCCCUUUUUUGUUGACUCCCCCAUAAUGCAUUGUGUUUGACCUUUCUUGUAGGGUCAGCCGGGCGGAAAGGGAAAGAGGCAUCCAUGGAGGAGACCACCACACCCAGUACCCCCUCCCUGCCUCCUCCUCUUCUCCCCCCCUCCCCCCAGCUCCUCCUGCCCCGAACCCCCACUGACCCUCCUAACACCUCCACUACCAACGGGACACACCCCUUCACCCCCACGGGUAUCGGCCAGGACUUCUACAGCCCCCCCUUCCCUCUGGUGGGGGGAAAGAUGUCCCUCAACUCCCUCCUGCAGCGCCAGCUCAUGCAGACGUUCUACUCAAAAGCCCUGCAGGAGUCCACUCAGGGAGCAGCUCUACUGUUCGCCCCUGUCCACUACACCUCUACCUCCACCCCUGGCUCUGGCUCUAGCCCUGUCCCCCUCUCAGCCAGCCCCCUGCCCCCCCAGCAGUCUCCUGCAGGCCCAGAAGUGAACGGUAGUGGCAGUGCCCCGUCCCCCUCUCCCAGCCAGUGUGAGGGGACCGGGGGCAGUGUGUCUGACAGGGAGGACAUGGACACCUCAGAGAUCGCCCGGCAGAUCAAGGAGCAGCUGAUUAAACACAACAUUGGCCAGCGGGUGUUUGGCCACUAUGUACUGGGCCUGUCCCAGGGCUCGGUCAGUGAGAUCCUGGCUCGGCCCAAACCCUGGAGCAAGCUGACCAUCCGGGGGAAAGAGCCCUUCCACAAAAUGAGGCAGUUCCUGUCUGACGAGCAGAACAUCCUGGCACUACGCAGCAUCCAGGGACGUCAGAGAGGUGAGAGGUCUGCCUGUCUGUCUGUCUGUCUGCCUGUCUGUCUGUCUGUGUAUCUGUGCAUGUUCACAAACUUUUCCAUCUAUUAGUUGUGUUACGUCAGUGAGGGUCUGUUGCUUUAGUCAUCCAGAAAGGCCUCCAAGCCUCCCUUAACCAUCCAUGAUCAAUACUGAAACCUUUCACGCAUCAAUAGUAUAUACUGAGAGGAGGGAAGGGUCACAUGGUUUACCACGGUCACAUUCGAUUGGUUUACCACGGUCACAUUCGAUUGAUUGGCCAUGCCUGCUUUUCUUUCCGCGUCCGAGCAUUUUAUUUCUGCUCCGUGUGUUUCAGGGAGUGGACAGACAGAUCUGGCUUUAACUGACUUCACCAUUUGUUUAAGCUGUCAGUCCUAGGUUGAAUGUCCUUGUUGACUCUGAGACUUAGCCACUUGUCCUAUGUUCACCCUGUCGUACAGUUCAGUAGCUGUGUGUUGUCAUUUUGUGGAACAUGUUUUAUUGACACACAACAGAGAAAUGAAAUACAGGUGCACAUCAAAGCAGAAAGUUGGCGUGAAGUUGGAGCAACAUGUGUUGUUGUUUUGACAGAGAGCCCAGGCCAGCCCCUUAGCCACGCAUUACAGGAUUCACCGAAGCAGAGAGCCAGCUCUGACCAAGCCUCGCGGACAGGUCUGUCCCUACACACACACACACACACACUUCUGUUUCUGUCCUUGUGGCGUGGUGUGGGUGGAGUGGAGUGUUGGAUAGAGUGUGCCUGUGUUGUGCAUGUAACUGUCAUACUCCUAACCUCGCUUCUCCCUCCCUCUCCACACUCAUACUGACUCAUACUGGCUCAUACUGGCUCAUACUGACUCAUACUGACUCAUACUGACUCAUACUGGCUCAUACUGACUCAUACUGACUCAUACUGACUCAUACUGGCUCAUACUGACUCAUACUGGCUCAUACUGGCUCAUACUGGCUCAUACUGACUCAUACUGGCUCAUACUGACUCAUACUGGCUCAUACUGACCCAUACUGACUCAUACUGACUCAUACUGGCUCAUACUGACCCAUACUGACUCAUACUGGCUCAUACUGACUCAUAGUAGCUCAUACUGGCUCACACUGACUCAUACUGACUCAUACUGGCUCAUACUGGCUCAUACUGACUCAUACUGGCUCAUACUGACUCAUACUAGCUCAUACUGGCUCAUAUCAUACUGACUCAUACUGGCCUGGAAAUGUAAAAGCAGAGUAGUGUGUGAGGCGUUAAAGGAUGUAGGAACAGAAGGAUACACACUCCCAAUACUGUUCCACAGUGUGUAUAAUUGUCUCAAUACUGUUCCACAGUGUGUGUAAUUGAGAGUUUAUGAGCAGACAGUAGGUUUCAGUGGGGAGUGCUGCUAACUAGUGAACUCAAUGUGUCUGUUUAGGAUUGCCCGUCCUAGUUUGACAUGAACAAAAACUAUAAAAACAGCAUCUCAAUGACACAGGAAAGUAUGUCAGUUACUCUCACGGCCUGACCUUCACUUUCCUUUUGUAUUUUAGCCAUGGUGGGUUGAGCAUGGCCUUUGGCACGAAUUAACCCCAAAAUAGUUUCAUUAUUUCCAGAUCAACCCACUGUUCCGGUUGACACUUGUAUCCCAGUUACCCCUCUCUUUGUUGCCCCGUAGCCAGCAGGCCUAAGCACCGGGGGGGGGGGGGGGGGGGCAGCUGUAGGGGGGGGGCAGCUGUAGGGUGACCCCUAUCCGUCUGCCUGCCUCUUGUCAGUCACAGUGCUGAUUGAAGCCUCUGUUGUGUACCGACUACCUACUGUAACUACUGUAACUAACUACUGUAACUACUGUACUCACUAACUACUCUACCUACUGUACUCACUACCUACUGUAACUACUGUACUCACUACCUACUGUACCUAUUAACUACUGUACCUAUUAACUACUGUACCUAUUAACUACUGUACCUAUUAACUACUGUAACUGCUGUAACUACUGUACCUAUUAACUACUGUAACUACUGUACCUAUUAACUACUGUACCUAUUAACUACUGUACCUAUUAACUACUGUAACUACUGUACCUAUUAACUACUGUACCUAUUAACUACUGUACCUACUGUACCUAUUAACUACUGUACCUAUUAACUACUGUAACUGCUAUAACUACUGUAACUAUUAACUACUGUACCUAUUAACUACUGUAACUACUGUACCUAUUAACUACUGUAACUACUGUACCUACUGUACCUAUUAACUACUAAACUACUGUACCUAUUAACUACUGUACCUAUUAACUACUGUACUACUGUACCUAUUAAUACGUACUAUUAACUACUGUACCUAUUAACUAAUGUAACUGCUGUACCUAUUAACUACUGUAACUACUGUAACUACUGUACCUAUUAACUACUGUAACUACUGUACCUAUUAACUACUGUACCUAUUAACUACUGUACCUAUUAACUACUGUACCUAUUAACUACUGUAACUACUGUACCUAUUAACUACUGUACCUAUUAACUACUGUAACUACUGUACCUAUUAACUACUGUACCUAUUAACUACUGUACCUAUUAACUACUGUACCUAUUAACUACUGUAACUACUGUACCUAUUAACUACUGUACCUAUUAACUACUGUAACUAAUGUACCUAUUAACUAACUGUACCUAUUAACUACUGUAACUACUGUACCUAUUAACUACUGUAACUACUGUACCUAUUAACUACUGUACCUAUUAUCUACUGUACCUACUGUACCUAUUAACUACUGUACAUAUUAACUACUGUACCUACUGUACCUAUUAACUACUGUACCUAUUAACUACUGUAACUACUGUACCUACUGUACCUAUUAACUACUGUAACUACUGUACCUAUUAACUACUGUACCUAUUAACUACUGUACCUACUGUACCUAUUAACUACUGUACCUAUUAACUACUGUACCUAUUAACUACUGUAACUGCUGUACCUAUUAACUACUGUAACUACUGUAACUACUGUACCUAUUAACUACUGUAACUACUGUACCUAUUAACUACUGUACCUAUUAUACUACUGUAACUACUGUACCUAUUAACUACUGUACCUAUUAACUACUGUACCUAUUAACUACUGUAACUACUGUACCUAUUAACUACUGUAACUACUGUACCUAUUAAACUACUGUAACCUACUUACUACUGUAACUACUGUACUGUUCUCUGUACCUACUGUAAACGGACGCUUGUAAACGCCAAGUAUUAUCCGACCUACCUGUACACAAACUAUGUAACUACUGUAUACUGUAAGUCCUAUUAAACUACUGCUAAAUGCAUAUUAUAUUACUAUAUUACUCACUGACCUAUUAACUACUGUACUAUUAACUACUGUACUUGUACCUAUAACUACUUACUACUGUACCUAUUAACUACUGUACCUAUACUACUGUAACUCUGUACCAUUAACUACUUAACUACUGUAACUACUGUACCUAUUAACUACUGUAACUACUUACCAUUAACUACUGUACCAUGUAACUGACUGUACCUAUUAACUACUGUAAACUAUUUACCUAACUGUACCUAUUAACUACUGUACUAUGUAACUAUGUAACUACUGUACCUAUUAACUACUGUACCUACUGUACCUAUUAAACUACUGAUGUACCUUAACUGUACUACUGUACCUAUUAACUACUAUUAACUACUGUAAACUGUAACUGUAUGUAACCUACUGUACAACUACUUUACUGUAAUACUUACUAUUAACUACUGUACCUAUUAAUUAACUGUACUACUGUAACCUAUUAACUAUGUACCUAUUAACUACUUAACUGUACUAUAACUACUGUACUGCUGACCUACUGUACCUAUUAACUACUGUACUACUGUACCUAUUAACUACUGUACCUAUACUAUUAACUACUGUACCAUUAACACUGUACCUAUUAACUACUGUAACCUACUGUACCUAUUAACUACUGUACCUAUUAACUACUGUAACUACUGUACCUAUUAACUACUGUACCUAUUAACUACUGUACUAUUAACUACUGUACCUAUUAACUACUAUUACUACUGUAACCUUUAACUACUGUACCUAUUAACUACUGUACCUAUUAACUACUGUAACACUUACUUAACUACUGUAACUACUGUACCUAUUAACUACUGUACCAUUAACUACUGUAACUACUGUACCUAUUAAACUCCUAUAACUACUGUACUACUUAACUAUGACUUGUACCUAUUAACUACUGUACCUACUGUACCUAUAACUACUGUACUAUUAACUACUGUACCUAUAUAACUACUGUACUAUUAACUUACUGUACCUAUUACCUAAACUACUGUACCUAUUAACUCUGUUAAUGAUCUGUACCUAUUAACUACUGUACCUAUUAACCUUACUAUGUACCUAUUAACUACUGUACUACUAUAACUACUGUACCAUUAACUACUGUAAACUACUUAACCUGUAACUACUGUACAUAUUAACUACUGUACCUAUUAACUACUGUAAACUGACUAUUAACUACUGUACCUUUUACUGUACUUGUACCUAUAAACUUAAUACUACUCUAUAACUUACUGUACCUAUUAACUCUGUUAACUACUGUACCUAUUAACUACUGUAACUAUUAACGUGAACUGACCUAUUAACUACUGUACCUACUGUACCUUUAAUACUGUACCUUUAACUGAUUACCUGUACUAUUAAACUAAUGUACAUCUAUUAACUACUGUACCUAUUAACUACUGUAAUACUACUGUACUAUUAACUACUGUACUCUUAAUUAACUACUGUACCUAUUAACUACUGUUAACUACUGUACCUAUUAACUACUGUACCUAUUAAUACUUUACUUAUUUAAUACUGCUAACCUGUAAGCUUACUCGUACUAUUAACUACUGUAUACGACUAUUAACUACUGUACCUAUUACUAUGUCUUUAACUACUGUACUAUUAAUACUGUACCUUUAUACUGUACUAUAACUACUGUACCUAUUAACUACUGUACUUAACUACUGUACCUAUUAAUAUGUACUACUGUACUAACUACUGUACCUAUUAAUACUGUACCUAUGUAAACUUACUUAACUACUUACUGUAACUAUUACUACUUACUGUACCUAUUAACUACUGUACCUAUUAACUACUGUAACUACUGUACCUAUUAACUAUGUACUAUAACUACUUAAACUACUGUACUAUAACUACUGUACCUAUUAACAUUAACUCUGAACUACUGUACCUAUAACUACUGUACUACUGUACCUAUUAACACUGUACUAUUAAUACUGUACUCUUAACUACUGUACUAUAACUACUGUAGUACUGUCUUUAAAUACUUACCAUUAAUACUGUACCAUAACUACUGUACCUUAACUACUUACACGUAAUUAACUAUGUACUACUACUGACUAUAACUACUGUACUAUUAACUGUACUCUGUACCUUAAUAGCAUAAUUGUACUAUAACUCUAUUAAUACGUCUAUUAUAGACUACUUACAUAUUACACCACUGCUACCUGAUUAACCUACUGUACCUAUUAACUCUAUUAACUACUGUACCUAUUAACUACUGUCUGACUGCAGUGUCUUUGUAGAUCAACUAUAAUACUGCAUCUUUGGAAACAGUACCUGUUUGAAGUUACCUUUCACUUGGUGGUAUGUCUAACCUCCCUCCCUCUCUCCCCCUGUCCAGGUAACAUCACCACACGUAUCCGUACUCCAGAGUGUGGUUCAGACGACGCCAUCAAGUCUAUCCUGGAGCAGGCCAAGAGAGAGCUGCAUGUGCAGAAAUCUAGUGAGUGUCCACUCCUCUCUGCACUCUGGUGGAAUAGGAUGACAGUUGUUCCCGCUCUGGUGGAAUAGGAUGACAGUUGACCCCCGCUCUGGUGGAAUAGGAUGACAGUUGUCCCCGCUCUGGUGAAAUAGGAUGACAGUUGUCCCCGCUCUGGUGGAAUAGGAUGACAGUUGUCCCCUCUGGUGGAAUAGGAUGACAGUUGUCCCCUCUGGUGGAAUAGGAUGACAGUUGUCCCCACUCUGGUGGAAUAGGAUGACAGUUGUCCCCAUUCUGGUGGAAUAGGAUGACAGUUGUCCCCACUCUGGUGGAAUAGGAUGACAGUUGUCCCCAUUCUGGUGGAAUAGGAUGACAGUUGUCCCCACUCUGGUGGAAUAGGAUGACAGUUGUCCCCACUCUGGUGGAAUAGGAUGACAGUUGUCCCCUCUGGUGGAAUAGGAUGACAGUUGUCCCCACUCUGGUGGAAUAGGAUGACAGUUGUCCCCACUCUGGUGGAAUAGGAUGACAGUUGUCCCCUCUGGUGGAAUAGGAUGACAGUUGUCCCCACUCUGGUGGAAUAGGAUGACAGUUGUCCCCACUCUGGUGGAAUAGGAUGACAGUAGAUGAUCCAGUGUAUAUACAGUGCAUUUGGAAAGUAUUCAGACCCCUUCCCCUUUUCCACAUUUUGUUUACGUUACAGCCUUAUUCUAAAAUUGAUUAAAUCAUUUUUUCCCCUCAAUCAAGGUGUCUGAAUACUUUUCGAAUUUACUGUAUAUAGUGGUGUAUCUUAUUCAAAGACAUGACUGAAUGGUCUAAGAAGUUAGUAUCCUCAACUUACUCAGAAUUGGCUGUUAGCAUUGUGUGUGUGUGUGUGUGUGUGUGUGUGUGUGUGUGUGUGUGAGAUAUUCAUUUCUCCUUUCUCCCUCCAGCAGACUUCUCCCAUGGUCCUUCUCCUGGUGGGGGGCUGAGAGGAGGAGGAGGAGGCGGUGGUUCGGACGAGGCCAUCCGCUCCAUCCUAGAACAAGCUCGAAGAGAGAUGGAGGCCCAACAGGCUGCUGUGGAGCCCAUCCUCAAAGCCUCCUCCUCUUCCUCCUCCUCCUCCUCCUCUCACUCCCAGAGGGACUUCCUGGUGUCCCAUCUGGCUGCCUACACCCCUCUGGCUCUCUCCCUGAAGAAACCCCCCACCGCCCUCCCAGUCUCCCCCUACUCGCCAUCUACAGUCCUGGACUUCAGCUCCGGUGUGAAGAGGGAGGACAGGGGAGUGUCGGUGCCAGACGGGGUGCCCAGGCUGAGUCUGAGCUCCGAGGGGUCUGCCCGGGCUGGAGGGGGGCACUGGAGGGAGCAGUGGUGGAGCAACAUGAACCCAGACCCCCGCAGAGUUACACCCACACUGGGGGGAGAGGAGAACCACACCCAGGAGGACUCUAAAGAGGUGAGUACCACAGUCAGAAUAAACACACAAACCCUGGGUGAGACCACAGUGACUCACUACUGAAGAGGAGGGGGGGGGGUUCUGGAAUGUCUGUCCACAUUUAUCACAGCCAUCCAGACUCCCAUUCUGUCUGUUAGUGUCUCACAGACAACAUUUAAAUCAACCCAGCUCUCAAGUAAUCACUCAGCUUUGAUCUCAAUACAAUUCAUAAUAUGUGUAACCUAGUUAAUGUGUGUGCUUAUGUCUCUGUAUCUGUUUAGCCAUUCCAGAACGUGUACGAGUGACUGACAUAUUUUUUUUUUGUGUGUGUGUUUUAGGCACUGGCUUUGUCCCUGGGAAGCAUUUGUGAUGGUCUGGGGUCUCGGCAUAAACCCUGGAGCAAGAUGCAGCUGUGGCUGAACGGUGACCUGGGCCAGAACACACACAUCAAGCCUGCUCACAACCAAGGUAAUGCACUGUGUGUGUGUGUGUAUUGACAAACAACUGACUGACUGUAUGGCUGACGAUCAUCUCUCAAUCAGGCCCCACCCCAACUUACAGUCAGCUGCUGAGCUGUAAAUGAACACAAUUACGCUGCUGGCUCAUAUGCAGCUCCACACAUUUACAUUUACAUUUUAGUCAUUUAGCAGACGCUCUUAUCCAGAGCGACUUACAGUUAGUGAAUACAUUAUUAUUAUUAUUAUUUUUUUUUUAUACUGGCCCCCCGUGGGAAUCGAACCCACAACCCUGGCGUUGCAAACGCCAUGCUCUAUCAACUGAGCUACAUCCCUGCCGGCCAUUCCCUCCCCUACCCUGGACGACGCUGGGCCAAUUGUGCGCCGCCCAUGAGUCUCCCGGUCGCGGCCGGCUGCGACAGAGCCUGGAUUCGAACCAGGAUCUCUAGUGGCACAGUUAGCACUGCGAAGCAGUGCCUUAGACCACUGCGCCACUCAGGAGACACAGCCCUGGGUGAGAGCACUGCUAUGGAGCGAGAUAUCUGCAAAAGGUUGAACGUACGUAUUAUUAGGAUCAUAAGAAAAGCCAUGCGUGAAACACGAAACGUAAACGUCAAAUUAGAUCUGUAAACUUAAAAACCGGAUGUUACGACUACGAAUGAACAUUUACACGUUCAAUUCAUACUUUACGUCUCCCUUUACUCGGUUACAGAUCUUUUUUUUAUACGUACAAACUUUUGACAGGAAUGGGGCAUCUGCAAAGGACAUGAACCGGACGUAGCUAGCCGAAGUUGGCUAGUCAAUCAAGCAACUCUAGCCCAGACGUUAAGAGUUGCUUUGCAGCCUCCGGUUUCAUUUCCAAAAUAAAAGUCUAGACCUUGUUUUAGAACUGCAUUCGUUAAGGACGUUAUUUAUACCAGCAGAUGGCGUAGUAUAGGUUUAUUUAUACCAGCAGAUGGCGUAGUAUAGGUUUAUUUAUACCAGCAGAUGGCGUAGUAUAGGUUUGGGCCUUCAGCAAAUGACUUGUGUGAGACACAGAAGAGCCUUGUCUAGAAUCACCGCCUGAGCUGCAACAUAGAAAGUAAAUAUGAUUUAGAAUGAUGAGUUGCGCGCAUCAUGCAUGCUCUGCACUUUAUUUGGCUUCUACUUUUAACAUUAUGUGCUUUGGCACCCUCAUUGCCCCAAUAUGUCUCUGUCAAAAAAGAGAAAAGUGGACGCAGAGUGCAGAGUGUUCCAAGAAAAAUGGUCAUCCUAUUUAAUCACGGAAUUGAAUGGGAAAGCUGUAUGUUUGGUGUGUUCAGAGCAUGUUGCAGUGCUGAAAGAAUAUAACCUUCGUCGCCACUAUGUGAGUCUUCAUGCCGACAAAUAUGACAACUUUCAAGGACAGCGGAGAUGAGAGAAGGUGAAUGAACUGUUGGCGGGUCUGAAGAAACAGCAGUCUGUGUUUACUCACAGCCGAGACAUCAGUGACGCUGCAGUGAAAGCUAGCUACCUCAUUGCUAAUGAAAUCGCAGUGGCUUCAAAACCAUUUAGUGAGGGUGAAUUUGUAAAAACAUGCAUGAUGAAGGCAGCGGAGAUUGUGUGCCCUGAAAAGCGGCAGGCUUUUGCAAAUAUCAGCCUGACAAGAAACACAGUUGCAGACAGGAUUUCCGAUCUUUCAGUGGAUUUGGACAGCCAGUUGAAGCAAAAAGUAAAGUCAUUUAUUGCGUUUUCGGUUGCAAUUGAUGAAAGCAUGGACAUUAGAUGUUGCACUACUGGCCAUUUUUUCAUCCGCGGAGUUGAUGACACAUUGACCGUCACCGAGGAGUUCGUGGAGUUGGUGCCGAUGACAGAUACAACGACAGCAGCUGAUAUUUUUACCGCACUCGUCGGCGCGCUGGACAGGGUCGGAGUGGACUGGUCCCGCACUGUCAGCCUGGCUACAGAUGGUGCGCCCUCAAUGAUCGGGAAAAAAAGCAGGCGUUGUGACAAAGUUCAGAGAGAAAGUGCAAUCUGCAAAUGGAGGAUGUGAUUUUUUGACUUUUCACUGUAUUUUGCACCAGGAGGCUUUGUGUUGCAAGUCAUUAAAGAUGGAUAACGUCAUGAAGGUGGUCAUCCAAACUGUUAAUUUCAUCCGAUCCAGAAGCCUGAAUCACCGUCAGUUUGACAGCCUUCUCAGAGAGAAAGACCACAUCUAUGGCCUGCCAUACCACACUGAGGUAAGAUGGUUAAGCCGAGGUGCUGUGCUGAGGCGUUUCUUUGAUUUACGAGAAGAAAUUGAACAGUUCAUGGAAGAAAAGGGCAAACCAGUGUUAGAAUUUCAUUCCGCAGAAUGGAUGCCGGACCUUGCAUUUAUGGUGGAUGUUACAGAGCACCUGAAUAACUUGAACAAACAGCUGCAAGGGCGCAACAAAGUUGUCACGCAGUAUUAUGACAGCAUACGUUCUUUCAAGUUGAAGCUGUCAUUGUGGGAGACGCAACUUGCCGGUGGUGAUGCAGCUCACUUCCCCUGUCUGAAAAAUGUGUGCGCGACCCAACAUGUGGCAGACAUGAAGCGGUUCAAAGAUAAAAUAACGGGACUGUUACGGGAGUUUGAGCAACGCUUUCAGAUUUAUGUUUAUAUGUUUUUAUGUUGAUGUGCUAUUGUUUUUAAUUGAUUUUAUUUUAUUUGUAUAUUUAACCUAUUCUUGACUCUGUGGUUCUUGCACUUGUUUGGGGAACAGGAUUUCAUUAUUUUUAUCUACAUUUCUGCCUGAGAAAUGACACCCUGAUAUAGUUCUGUGAUCUGUGAAACAGUUCUGUUAAUCACUGAGGCAUUGUGUGUUUGUGUGUUCUUUUUCUUUAGAAUUUUCAAAUAAACUUGACGUGUUUUAUGAUUAAUAGUGAUGUUGUGCUUGUACUAUUUUGGACACACUGUCCUCAGGCUCCAGCUUUAUGUUGUAUAUUGAUCGUAUUAAAACAAAGAAAACAAUCUGAAGUUGUUGUUUUUAAGUUAUAUAUACCAUGAUUUUUCCGGUCCGGCCCACUUGGGAAUAGAUUUUCCUCCAUGUGGCCCCUGAGCUAAAAUGAGUUUGACACCCCUGCUCUAAAGGGUGUUAUUGUACGUCAGAAUUGCAACACAAGAUUUGUUCAAGCCUAAAAUGUUAGUCCGUAACUGAACAUGGUGUUUGUAUGUUCACAGAUGAAAUUGUAUGUUUCAUGUUUCACGCAUUGCUUUUCUUACAAUCCUAACAAUUACGUAUGGAUUUUCUUACGAUCCUAACGAUACGUACGUUCAAACUUUUGGCAGGUAUCUGGCUUUAUACACUGCUCUCUUAGCCUGUUGAUAGCUGGGGGGUUGCUGCCAUCAUGUCACCCCUUCCCUCCCCCCUCCCUCCAUCCAUCCCCUCCCUCCUCCCUCUCCCUUCCCUCCCCCUCCUCCCUCUCUCUCUCUCCCCCUCCCUCCCCAGCCCUGUUUUCAGGCCUCUGGGUGAGAGAUGGCAGCAGGGUCUCUUUCUCCAGGCACAAAGAGGACGUAACCCACACUGACAGCUCUCCAUGAUUGCUCCAUUCCAGCCUUCUGCAAAACAGGACAGAGACGGGGAGGUGGGAGGGGACAGAGGGAGAGCGAUGGAAAGGGAGUGGGAGAAGGAGAGAUGCAGAUACCCUAUCCUACCCUAACACUAUGAAUAGAUCCCUUUUGUUGUUUGCAGAUCUGAAGGAACUGGAUAAGGUCUUCCUAUGAGUUUAGAGGAGAUUCAGCCAUAUUGUUAAUAUCUCUCUCUCAGACCUGCCAACACUGAGGGCUUUGAGGGGAUGGAGGUUUCCUUCUGAAUUUACUUGUUGACUCUAUCAGUGUUUAUUAAUCCUGGUCCUGGGGACCCAAAGGGGGCCCUAGCACUACACACCUCAUUCCACUAUUCAGCUCAUCGUCAAGUCGUUGGCCAAGUGCUAGGGCAAACACAAAUGUUCACCCCUUUGGGUCCUACGGACCAGGAUUAAGAAACACUUAAUUCAAGGGAUACUUUGGGAUUUUGGCAACUUCCCCAGAGUCAGAUGAACUCAUGGACACCAUUUUUGUCUCUAUGUCCAGUAUGAGGUAAUUUCGUGAACCAAUGCUAACUAGCGUUAGCGCAAUGACUGGAAGUCUAUGGGUAUUUACUAGCAUGCAUACCGUACUAACCUACUGUACUGUCUGCUCCUGCCCUGUGUUUCCUCUCUCCUCCAGCAGAGGGCACUCCCAGCCAGACCUCAGCCAGCUGCAGCCCUGCCCCGGAGUCUCCACUGAGCUCUGCUGAGGAGUCACUCAAUGGUUUAGGGGGGGACCGGGACCCUCUAGCCACCCCGGCCCCGUCUCUGGAGCCCCCAUCUGGUGAGCCCUCAGGGGGUGAGUCCCAGCCUGGCACGCCCCUGCCCCUCCCCGGCCCCAUCACAGGCCUCAGCAUCCAGGAGACGAUAGCCACGUCCCCAGAACUGGACACCUACGUCAUCACCAAGAAGGUCAAGGAGGUGCUGACCGAUAACAACCUUGGUGAGACUCACAGCUUUUACGAUACCUUCAGUCUCUAUCUGUUCCCUUUUCUCCUUCCCUCUCGCUCUCUUCCCUACUUUAUUAUUUCUCUCCUAUUUCCUAUUUGUAUUUUCCUCUUUUGUCAUUCUUAGUUUUUUGUCUAAUUCUUUCCUUUUAGAUUAAUCUCCAAAUACAAGCUUGGAUUUCCCAAUCCCAUGGUAGUCUAUCCAGACCUCCAGGCUGACCCCCUGUCUCUCUACUCUCUCUCCCCCCAGGGCAGCGUCUGUUUGGGGAGAGUAUCCUGGGUCUGACCCAGGGCUCGGUGUCUGAUCUGCUGGCUCGGCCCAAGCCCUGGCACAAGCUCAGUCUAAAGGGACGUGAGCCCUUCGUCCGCAUGCAGCUCUGGCUGCAGGACCCACACAAAGUGGAGAAGCUGAUGGACAUGAAACGUCUGGAGAAAAAAGGUAAUGAUCUCUCUCUGUCUCUGUCUCUCUCUCUCUCUGUCGCUCUCUCUGUCUCUGUCGCUCUCUGUCUCUCUGUCGCUCUCUGUCUCUGUCUCUCUUUCUGUCUCUCUCUCUCUCUCUCACACACACACACAUAGACAGACAGACAGACCAAACACACCCCGGUGUGCUGUUAGGACCGAUUAUGGACACGGACAAUGAUUUGCUUUAUUGGAUGUGACAGGCUUACAGUCAUCAUCGUCAUCAUCAUAUUCUUCAUCAAUUAUAAACAGCAGCAGUCAGCGAUUACUAUCAUUUUUCCUCCCCUUACUGCACUGAUCCAUUCAUCCACUGCUUCCUGGUUCCAUUCAUCCACUGCUUCCUGGUUCCGUUCAUCCACUGCUACCUGGUUCCAUUCAUCCACUGCUUCCUGGUUCUGUUCAUCCACUGCUUCCUGGUUCCAUUCAUCCACUGCUUCCUGGUUCCGUUCAUCCACUGCUACCUGGUUCCAUUCAUCCACUGCUUCCUGGUUCCGUUCAUCCACUGCUUCCUGGUUCUGUUCAUCCACUGCUACCUGGUUCCAUUCAUCUACUGCUUCCUGGUUCCAUUCAUCCACUGCUUCCUGGUUCAAUUCAUCCACUGCUACCUGGUUCCAUUCAUCCACUGCUUCCUGGUUCCAUUCAUCCACUGCUUCCUGGUUCUGUUCAUCCACUGCUUCCUGGUUCCAUUCAUCCACUGCUUCCUGGUUCUGUUCAUCCACUGCUUCCUGGUUCCGUUCAUCCACUGCUUCCUGGUUCUGUUCAUCCACUGCUACCUGGUUCCAUUCAUCCACUGCUUCCUGGUUCCAUUCAUCCACUGCUUCCUGGUUCCGUUCAUCCACUGCUUCCUGGUUCCGUUCAUCCACUGCUUCCUGGUUCCAUUCAUCUAUUGCUUCCUGGUUCCAUUCAUCCACUGCUUCCUGGUUUCCACAUAGUCUCUAUCUUCCUAGUGAGACGCCGUUGCAUGCAUGAAAUAAACACAUAGUGUUUCUGUAACUAAGAGCGUUGAAGCGCGAGGCUAAACGUCUCUGCUGUUCUGGUCCCAUAGACACUAGACGUCUCUGCUGUUCUGGUCCCAUAGACACUAAACGUCUCUGCUGUUCUGGUCCCAUAGACACUAGACGUCUCUGCUGUUCUGGUCCCAUAGACACUAGACGUCUCUGCUGUUCUGGUCCCAUAGACACUAAACGUCUCUGCUGUUCUGGUCCCAUAGACACUAAACGUCUCUGCUGUUCUGGUCCCAUAGACACUAGACGUCUCUGCUGUUCUGGUCCCAUAGACACUAAACGUCUCUGCUGUUCUGGUCCCAUAGACACUAAACGUCUCUGCUGUUCUGGUCCCAUAGACACUAAACGUCUCUGCUGUUCUGGUCCCAUAGACACUAAACGUCUCUGCUGUUCUGGUCCCAUAGACACUAAACGUCUCUGCUGUUCUGGUCCCAUAGACACUAAACGUCUCUGCUGUUCUGGUCCCAUAGACACUAGACGUCUCUGCUGUUCUGGUCCCAUAGACACUAGAUUGUAGCAACGUGAAGCGCACCCCUGCACAUGCGCUGAUACUCUGUAUGACUGUGUGAGAGUAAAGUCUUGCAUCGCGCUCAUCUAAAUAUCUGCGGUACUAUUCGUUGCAACAUCAUCUCGCUGAGUCUAAAUGUAAUGAUCUUUCUUGCAUUGAUUAGAUUUAGCUUACACUUCUAUCAGAGUAGGAAGGACGUCACUGCUCUGUUCCUCUCACGGCUGUACUGAAGAUAGAUGGCUAUGCUUGAAAGGACAAAAGAGGCAAAGUCAUGGACACCAGCUGUUUGGUCUUUAUUUAGUGUUAGGGUUAAAAUACACAGAGUGGCUGGUGUUUUCAGAAGGCAGUAUGUGGCCAGCAGGCCUGGCGUCCUCUAGCCUGGGUACCAGUCUGUUUCUGGUCUCUUUAAUAUAGCCUGGGUACCAGUCUGUUUCUGGUCUCUUUAAUAUAGCCUGGGUACCAGUCUGUUUCUGGUCUCUUUAAUAUAGCCUGGGUACCAGUCUGUUUCUGGUCUCUUUAAUAUAGCCUGGGUACCAGUCUGUUUCUGGUCUCUUUAAUAUAGCCUGGGUACCAGUCUGUUUCUGGUCUCUUUAAUAUAGCCUGGGUACCAGUCUGUUUCUGGUCUCUUUAAUAUAGCCUGGGUACCAGUCUGUUUCUAGUCUCUUUAAUAUAGCCUGGGUAACAGUCUGUUUCUAGUCUCUUUAAUAUAGCCUGGGUACCAGUCUGUUUCUGGUCUCUUUAAUAUAGCCUGGGUACCAGUCUGUUUCUGGUCUCUUGCCAACUCCUUAUGGAAUUGUCAUGUGAAACAAGAUUUGCUUGACAAUGCCAAUGGAGUAGGCAAAAGCACAAACAGAUCUGGGACCAGGUUACUGCUACUGGGACCAGGCCUGGCUACCCCAGCUGUCUCUGUGCGGGCGGUUAAUGAACAAUGACCCCUCACACUGAGCAUGCCCACAGCAGGCCUGGAGGUGAGAGGCUGAACCACAUGUUGGAGCUCACUGAGCGCAGGCAGCAGGGUGAAGUUGGCCCUAGUCACUGAUCAGAGGUCAGAAUAGAGCUGUGGGACCUGACCAAUAGCAGAGCUGGGAGGAAAGGCAGACAAACCAUGAGCUUGACCCUGUGUAGUGGAACACUUUGAUGCUACUGACACGUGGACAUGGCCUUGUAGGCUUGUGUUGUGUUGGAGGUUUUCUUCUCUUUUAUCGGGUCAGUGUGUCCUGUACUUUGUAGGAGAUUAAAGAAUGUCAAAUCCAUGCUGUCAUUUGCACAUUUGUAGCCUGUGGUGUUUUCAGAGGCUAACUCUGUCCUUGUAUUGCUAAAGUUAGACAUUACCGCCCCCUAGUGGGUGUUGGUACCAGUACACUGUGUUUAUCUACCACAAUAUCUCAUCCUCUCCCUGUCUCUCCCCAGCCUCCUGAAGAGGCGCCACACACUCCUGUCGCCUUUUGACGGGCCAUCUUGCUGGUCUAGCUGUGGAACCUGGCAGGGCCCAGGACACAUCUUCCUCGGCCUCAUAGCCUGGUACCAGGCACCCGCCCCCCCCUUUUUUUUGGGGCGGGGGGGUUACCCGGGGCCCGACCCGGGUCGGUGUUGAUCUGCUGGCUCGGCCCAAGCCCUGGCACAAGCCAGUCAAAAAAGGGAAACGUGGGGGCCCUUGCCCGCUUUGCAGCUCGGUGCGGACCCCCCCAAAGGGGAAGCGGGAGGGACAUAAAAAGUCGGGGAGAAAAAAAAGGUUUAAUGAUCUCUCCUGUCUUGUCUCCUCUCUCUCUGGGGCUCUCUCGUCUCUGUCGCUCUUUCCUCUGUCGCUUCUGUCUCUGUCUCUUUUUUUCGGCCUUCUUCUCUCUUUUAAACCACAAACAAAAGACAGAAAAGACAGCCCAAAACACACCCCGGUGUGCUGUUAGGAAAUUAUGGACACGGACAAGAUUGCUUUUUUGGGUUUGGACAGGCUUACUUUAUUCGUCAUCUUUAAUUAUUCUUCAAAAUUUUAAAAAACAGCAGAAAAGUCAGCGAUUACUAUCUUUUUUUCCUCCCCUUACUGAACUGACCAUUCCCCCCACUGUUUUCCGGGUUCCUUUCAUCAAUUUGUUUCCCUGGUUCCGUUCAUCCACGGGCCCCGGGUUUCCCAAAUUUCCAAAAUGUUUCCCGGGUUCUGUUCACCCAGUUCCCCGGGUUUCCAUUCAUCCCUGUUCCCGGGGUUCCCCCCGUUAACCCCACGUCCCGGGGCCCAUUCAUCCAGGCUUCUGGUUCCGUUCUCCACUGCUUCCUGGUUCUGUUCAUCCAUUUGUUUCCCCGGGUUUUCCAUUCAUCUACUGCUUCCGGGUUUCCCUUACCCACUCUCGGGUUUUAAUUCAAAAAUGCUCCCUUGGUUCCAUUCACCCAUGUUCCUGGUUCCAGUCACCCAAAUGUUUCCUGGUUCUGUUCAUCCACGUUUCCGGGUUUCCUUUUUCAUCCAUGUUCCUGGUUCGUUCAUCCACUGUUUCCCGGGUUUCCCGUUAUCCAUUGUUCCGGGUUCGGUUAAAUCCACUGUACCGGGUUUCAUAAUCCCCGCUUCCUGGUUCCAUUCACCCAAUGUUUCCGGGUUUCCGUUCUCCACUGUUCCGGGGUUCCGUUAAUCCAUGUUUCCUGGUUCCAUUCUUUCUUGUUUCCCGGGGUUCCCCAUUCAUCCACGUUUCCCGGGUUCCACAAGUCUCUAUUUUCCUAGUAGACGCCUUUGAAUCCCAUGAAAAAAACCCACUUUAGGUUUCUGUAACUAAGAGCUUUUGAAGCGGGGGCUAAAGCCCUUCUGUUCGGGUCCCAAGACACUAGACGUCUCUGCUGUUUGGCCCCAAAAGCCCAAAAAAAGUCUCGCUGUUUGGUCCCAAGAAAACUGGGAGUCUUCCCGGGUUUGGCCCCAUAGAAAACUAGACGUCUUUUGCGUUUUUUCCCAUGCACAAAAACGUUUGCGGUUUCUGGCCCCAUAGACACAAAGGGUUUCUGCUGUUUUUGGCCCCCAUAGACACUAGACGUUCUGCUGUUUGGUCCUUUAGACACUAAACGUUUUCUGUGUUCUGGCCCCAAAGGACACUAAACUCUCGGGUUCGGGUUCCCAUAGACACUAAAGGGUCUUGUUUUUGGUCCCAUGGGCCCACUAAACGUCUUGCUGUUUGGUCCCUAGACACAAAAACGCUUGCUGUUCUGGUCCCAUAGACCCUAAACGUCUCGGUUUUCUGGCCCCAAAGGGAACUGACGUCUCUGGUUUGGUCCCUAGACACAGAUUGUAGAAAAAGGGGAAGCGAAACCCCUGAAUGCGCUGAUACCGGUAGGAUGUGUGAGAGAAAGUCUUGCAUGGGGCUUUUCUAAAUAUUCUGGGGGGGUACAUUCUUUGGGAAAACAUAUCUCGCUGAGUUUUUUAAAUUUUUUUGAUUUUUCUUGCAUUGAUUAGAUUUAGCUUUACCCCCUUCCCCUAUCAGAGUGGGAAAGGGAAAACCGCAUGUCUUUUCCUCUCACGGCUUUUUUACUGAAAAAUAGAUGGAAAAUGUUUGGGGAAAGGGACAAAAAAGGGGAAAAAGUCAUGGACACCAGCUUUUGGUUUUAUUUAGUUUUGGGGUUUAAAAAAUUACACAGAGUGGCUGGUUUUUUCAAAAGGGCCAGAUUGGCCGGGGCGGGCCCUGGCGUCCCCUAGCCUGGGUUACCAGUCUGUUUCUGGUCUUUUUUAAUAUAGCCUGGGUCCCAAGCUGUUUCUGGUCUCUUAA